UAAAUGCAUUAAAUAAAUAAAUGUUUAUUUUAGCAUACCUUUGGGAGCAUCGUCUUUGAAUACAUAUUAUUUUGUACGGAUUUGAAACGAUAUCCUACUUAAACAAAGAUUCUAGCUUAUUACUUGGCGUUUACGUUAAAGUGAAUCGAAAAACGUCGUACAUGGUUGACGAUGGAGUCAUCAGCGUUGCAGGGCACAGAGAGAAUUUGCGUGAAGACGGAGCCCUGUGUCGAUGUGUGUAUAACGGAUGAACCCACGUUUGAGGGAGUGUCUGUUAAAGCUGAGCCUGACGAUGCUGUUUUUGUAAAAGACGAGCCCAGGUGCGAGAAUGUGUCUAUAAAAUACGAGCCUUUAGUGGAUCCUGUUUUUGUAAAAGACGAGGCCAGGUGCGAGAGUAUGUCUAUAAAAGACGAGCCCAGGUGCGAGAGUAUAUCUAUAAAAUACGAGCCCAGGUGCGAGGAUUUGACUAUAAAAGCCGAGCCAUCAUGCUCAGAUGUGUGUAUAAAAGAAGAGUCACUCGGCGCGAGCGCGGCGGCGGCGGAGGCGGGGCUGUACAUAGACCAUGCUGUAAAAGAUGAGCUCGUGCUUGUCCCUGAGUUAGUAGAGCGGUUAGCUAAAACAGGGCGAACUGGACAGAAGCCGGGAAGUAGACCUUAUCGUUAUAAAUGUGCUGAGUGCGAAUAUAGUACAGUCAAAAAAACCACUUUGAGACGUCAUGCAAAGGAGAACCACGUGAAGUUAGUAGACUAUGAAUUUGACUCCAAUGGUGAUUUUACGCCUGAUUCAGCUCAAGAUCCUGAUUCUCAGUAUACGCCUCAAGAAGAGUCAGAUAAUAUUAAAGAUUUCUCAGAUUAUGGUUGUGAUCAUGAGGAAAAAUCUCUAACAAGGAAGAGAAAGAGCAAUCCAAACGUAAACAGAACCAUAAACAAGGCGAAAAGAGCCAAUUGCCUGCCUUAUAAGAACAAUACAAAGGAUUGUCCAGCUAAAGCACCAAAAUACAUUGAUUGCUCUCGAUGUAAAUUUAAGUGCACUGACAAUAUACCAGAAGAGAUAAGAAUUCGGAUCUGUAGACUUUAUUGGGGCCUUGCAGACUAUGGCAGGCAAAAAGAUUUCAUUUUGAAAUACGUCCAUCUGGAAUACCCGAAACGUAGAAAAGUUAAUGUAACCGAAAAAGGGGCACGCAAUGUGUCGAAAAAAUAUUAUUUGGAAAACGGCAACGGUAAACAAAGAGUGUGUGCAAACUUUUUCCAAAAAACUUUGAAUAUAUCAAAUGGGCCUAUUAACACAGCCGUUAAACAUAUGGGCUCUACUGGUUCCUUCAUAGGACAAGACAAUAGAGGUAAAAAAUAUCCUGGAAAUAAAAUAAGCGAACAAGCUAGAAAUAUGGUCAAAAGGCAUAUUGAAAGUUUACCGGCUAUGGAAUCCCACUAUGUUCUUAAUACAUCAAAGAAACUCUACCUAGAGAGCAAUUUGUCUGUUUCCAAAAUGCAUACAUUGUAUAAAGACAACUUUUGCCCGAAACAUGGUAUACAACCAGUAAGUGAAAAAACAUAUCGUCGUAUUUUUUGUUCAGAGUACAAUUACUAAUUUUUUAAACCCAAGAAGGAUCUUUGUGCGACGUGCUCCAAAUAUCAGCAAGCUACUGAAACUGACAAGAGAGACUUAGAAGCCGAAUACACUUUGCAUCGUAUGCGGGCUACUCAAUGCAACGAAGCUAAGGAAGACGAUAAACUAAGAACCAAAGAGGAUUCCUCAUUCCUCACUUGCACCUUUGAUUUUAAGCUUGCUUAUAUCUCUAUAGUAUUGACAAAGACUGUGGCUGAUUUGCAUUUGUGUCCACUUGACGAAUCUUCCGUUGCUGCUAUGUAUUAUUCAAUUUAUUCAUGCAUUUCAUAUGAAAUAAAUGUUUAUAUUAUAAAAGUA